AUGCCUGACGAUCUCCUGGUGACGAGCACCAAAGCAAAUGCUCAAGAUGAGAGACAGGAAACUGCCUCUAGGCCACCCAAGCGUCUCGAGUCAUCGAUUGACACCGAGCUGUCGCCAACAGUGCGCAGCGCUCUCUCUACCGAUCUGCCAGCUUUCUUAGUACCUUUCAAUCCCAACCAUGAGUCGGUCUUGGUUCAUUCUCCGAUCAAACGGAGAAGAACUGCGGACACGAUUCCCCCAGAUUAUCUGACCCACCCAAACCGAUCGACCUACACCGCGUACGACCCCAUUCGGUCUCAAUAUCGAAUCUACGACUCUCCCAAGGUCUAUGGCCCUACCAGUCCGGACAGGUUUGCGUAUAUGCCCGAACAACAUCAGGUCCCCAAAGUAGUAGAGGCCGAGUACCAACGCCUGGCAGACUCGGCCGCUGCUACCAUCCCAGAUGACUCACUACUAUCUCCGGCCAUCUGGAAAGAAGAGUUCUUCUGGCCGAACCAAUACACCACCACUCAAUGUGCCUGUUUGAUGCGAUACUACAUUGAACAUCUCGCGCCAUGGUUCGACGUGGGAGAUCCAGCGAGACAUUUCACGCUGGCCGUUCCUCAACGCGCCAGACGAUGCCCUCCAUUACUCAACGCCAUUUUCACCCUGGCAGCAAGACACCUUGCUUCCAUCCCUCAGUUCAAGACGUCAGACGAUAUGAUUGAGUAUCAAAACAUACUCCUUCCCAAAUUGACCGAGGAAACUGCCGUCAAAUAUCAUAAUGCAUGUAUUGCGUACCUCAUCAAACUAUCCAGUGACUCGGAGCACGUUCGAGACGAAAACCUGCUUGCAGCCGCGGUCAUCCUGCGCUAUUAUGAAGAGAUUGAUCCGUCGCUUACCAAUGAGGACAGCAAGACUCUGAUCCACACCUUUACACUAUUUGCAAACGCUCAGGCGAGUCCUUAUGCUUUUAUGAUGGACGUUGACAAACAUCCCGAGUACCUCAGACCAGGGUCUUCUAUCGGGCUCUUUGAAAACGCCCUUGCUUAUUUGGAGAGCUUUCAACAUGCUUCAUUUCGAGUUGCUCUGCGUCAAGAGUUGACCAUUGCCUUCUUGAGGCAAAGACCUGUCCGACUGCCCCUAGAAACCUGGACCAUCCUGCAGGGGUUUGAUAAAGCAGAGGACUUUAUCUGGUCCGAUCGACACCUUUACCAUUGUGCCAAAGUCCUACAAUUCUGCUUUGGUGCCGAUAGCGGCACGGGCAAGACUCAGAUCGAACGAUGGAAUGAGCUCCGCGACUUUGAGAUGCAAUGGGACCAAUACAAGCCUUUGUCAUUCGCGCCUAUCCACCACCAGCCGCCUGAUCGCCAAAAGGGACAGUGUCUCCCGCAGAUUUGGUACAUGGCCGAGGUCCACGCCACGGGGUUGUUGGCUCUAGACCUGGCCCGAAUUCUGUUGACGGUUUACAAUCCAAAUAUACCGCGAAUUGGCCCCGGGGCCACAGCUCAUCAAAAGAGAAUUACGGAUGAAGUGCAUGACAUAGUGAUUCGACUCUGUGGGACUGCCAUGUCUCUGGGAGGAACGACGGCAUCAAAUGCUUCCUCACAGCCGGCAAUGGUACAGGCGUACAUGGCAGUGGUUGUUUGUGGGGAGUACUUUUCGGAUCCCCUGGAACAACAGGCGCUGAUGGGUAUUUUGGACAGGUUGAAACAUGAGCACGGUUGGCCCACCGACAAAACUGCUAUGCAAUUGAAAAGGGAAUGGGGAUGGAUCUGA